UGUACGAGUGAGGACGGAGACGGGGACGGAGACCUCGAUAGUUGUUUUUGUUGUCUAUAUAAUUGAAUCGUGGAGAUAAAUAUUCCAAAUGAGCAGUGGUCUUCUUAACACAGCUACCAGAGCCACACUCUCUUCUUCCUUCUUCCCCAAAUCCCAUCUUCAUCGUCUCUUCUCUUCUUCUUCAAAACCUUUCCCUUCUCUCCUUCCGGCGAGGUCAUCUCCGUCUUUACGCAUCUCCACCAUGGCCGACGCCCCCGAUGCCGGCAUGGACGCCGUCCAGCGACGCCUCAUGUUCGACGACGAAUGUAUUCUAGUGGAUGAGAAUGAUCGUGUGGUUGGUCAUGACACCAAGUACAAUUGUCACUUGAUGGAAAAGAUUGAAUCUGAAAAUCUGCUUCACAGAGCUUUCAGUGUGUUUUUGUUCAACUCAAAGAACGAGUUGCUUCUUCAGCAACGUUCUGCAACAAAGGUAACAUUCCCACUUGUGUGGACAAACACCUGUUGUAGCCAUCCACUAUACCGUGAAUCUGAGCUUAUCGAUGAGGAGUGUCUUGGUGUAAGAAAUGCUGCCCAAAGGAAGCUUUUGGAUGAACUGGGUAUCCCUGCUGAAGAUGUGCCUGUUGAUCAGUUUAUUCCUUUGGGUCGCAUGUUGUACAAGGCACCUUCUGAUGGCAAGUGGGGAGAACAUGAACUUGAUUACCUGCUCUUCACUGUGCGAGAUGUGAAUGUGCAUCCGAACCCUGAUGAAGUUGCAGAUAUCAAAUACGUAAACCAAGAGGAGUUGAAGGAGCUGUUGAGGAAGGCGGAUGCCGGGGAGGAAGGUCUGAAGCUGUCCCCUUGGUUCAGACUAGUUGUGGACAAUUUCCUCUUCAAGUGGUGGGAUCAUGUUGAGAAACGCACCAUCAAGGAAGCUGCUGACAUGAAAACCAUCCACAGGUUGACUUAAAAUCAA